UUAUGUUUUAUCUCUUGUAUGGAAAAUAUGAUAUACACUUCACUCAUAAGCUUGAAAAGUAACAAUUAGAUCCAACAAACUACCAUUGUUUUUAGCGAGUCUUGUUAAUUAGUACUAAAUUAAUCUACCUUUUUUUUCCCUUGGGAAUACGUAAAAGAAAUGUACAUGUCAAAUGCUAUCUUUUUUUUUUCAUGACAUUUUCAUUGCGGGGACUGAAUCGUCGGCUACAACUUCAGAAUGGGCAUUGUCAGAACUGCUAAAGAAUCCGAGAGUGAUGGCAAAGGCUCAAACAGAGGUGAGGGACGUUUUUGGUGAAAAGGGAUAUGUAGAUGAAGCAGGACUCAAAGAACUAGAAUUCUUGAGAGCAGUUAUCAAAGAAACUCUAAGGUUACAUGCUCCAGCUCCAUUGUUAGCUCCAAGAGAAUGCAUAGAGAGAUGUCUGAUUAAUGGAUAUGAGAUACCUGAAAAGACCAACAUUAUCAUCAAUGCAUGGGCUAUUGGAAGAGAUCCCAACUAUUGGACUAAAGAGCAGAGAUUCUAUCCGCAGAGAUUCCUUGAUAGCUCAAUUGAUUACAAGGCGAAUAACUUUGAAUAUCUUUCAUUUGGUACUGGAAGGAGGAUAUGUCCAGGAAUUUCAUUUGGGAUAGCCAACAUUGAGCUUCCACUUGCGCAGUUACUAUACCAUUUUGAUUGGAAACUCCCUGAUAAUAUCAAACAAGAAGAUCUAGACAUGACUGAACGUUUUGGUAUUGUAGUUACAAGAAAAAGUGAUCUGGUCUUAAUUCCUAUUCCUUAUAAUUCCCCUGUUGUUGAGGAAAACAAGUGAUGUUAGCCUAUAUUACAACAUUCUCGUUUGUUAUAUUACAUUGAGUAAGUAGUCAAGUCUAUGUUUAUGUUAGAUUGUUGUUCUUUGAAUAAUCUCACGAGAUUAUGUAUGAAA